GGUGAAGACAUAUUCAGAGAGAAAGAAGAGUUGUUCAGACAAUGAGACAAAAGGCACUUUGAAGAAUGCAAAGUGUUUUAAGCCUUGGAAUAGUCAGCAGCAACGUAGCACAGAUCAAGCCCUUAAUACUGAUUUAGUCAAAGAAAAGAUCUGUGUCGUCCACAUCAGUGACUUCAGGAAGUUUCCUUACAAAGCACGUGACAAGCACAAGCUUGGCAUAGACAAGGAGUAAAGUUUGUUAGGAAAAUUGUGCAUAGCCAAUAGGAAUAUUACAAGUAGGAUAGAAUUUUAACAUUAUUUAUUUUCUUAUUAUAAUACUUGUAUAUAUACUUGAAUGAUGGAACAGUAAUGUAACACGAGAAAAUUUCCACAUUGUUUCUUGAUAAAUUUCUACAUGGUAUCAAAGCAGUGAUCAAAAUCCUUCCAGAUUUAUUCAAAAUCUGUUCUUUUCUCGUUUGAGCAAUGGGUGAUCCAUCGACAACACUUGCUGCUAUAACAACUGUUGCAGGCAGCUCAACAUCAACAUCCAUUGAUUCCAAUCAUCCUUAUCACCUUCAUCCAUCAGAUUCACCAGGUAUGACACUCAUCAACACUCAUUUCGAUGGAAAGGGUUAUCAAGGGUGGAAGAGAUCUGUUUUCAUUGCUCUUUCAGCCAAAAAUAAGUUGGGUUUCAUCAGUGGAUCUGCAGCAGCACCAUCUAGUGAUUCUCCAGAUCUACAAGUCUGGAGCAGAUGUAAUGACAUGGUUACAUCUUGGCUUUUGAAUUCACUGUCAAAGGAGAUUGCAGAUAGUGUCAUCUACUCAAAAAUUGCUAGGGAUCUCUGGAUAAGUUUGGAGCAGCGGUUUGGUCAAUCCAAUGGAGCAAAGCUAUUUCACCUACAACAAGAACUCAGCAGGUUAACACAAGGAAAUAACAACAUUGCAGGCUAUUUCACACAACUAAAAAGGUUAUGGGAUGAGUUGGAUUCCCUAAACUCAAACAUUAAGUGUGGUUGUGUGUGUGUUUGUGAGGGAAAACAGAAGCUGGAGAAGUCUUUGCAAUAUGAAAGGCUCAUCAAAUUCCUUAUGGGAUUAAACGACACAUAUUCACAUGCCAGAGGUAAUAUUUUGAUGAUUAACCCCUUGCCUAACAUUAACCUUGCAUACUCCUUGAUUUUACAGGAUGAACAUCAAAGGGAAAGCUAUAUGAAUCCUCUCAUUCCUUCUGAUUCCAGUGCUUUUAUGGCUGGAACUGGAGGUUUCAUGACUGGGAAUAGAAACCAAUAUAGAGGUGGAAAGCAGGUUCAAAGGACUAAUGAUGCUAAUCAGAAAUCUGGAAAUCAAUUCCCCAAAUCUGCAUAACCUCAACAGUCACAGAGGUUUCAAAAUCAAAAGCUUAAAGGAAGGAGAAUGAAAUAUAACCCUAAUGUGUCAUGUGAUUACUGUGGAAAACAAGGACAUGAAGAAAUCAACUGUUACAGAUUGAUAGGGUAUCCUGAUGAUUUUCAAUUCACAAAUAACAAAGGCUCUCAAGGACAAAUUAGAGGAAAUGCAGCAGUGUCUAUGGAGGACUUUGAAGGAAAACACAACAACUGUAGUGGCAAUGCUACACUCAAUCAAGGGUACAGUAAAGAGCAAUACAAUCAAUCUAUUCACAUGUUUAAACAAAUGAAGAUGGAAGAGUCUGCAGACACAAGUGGAGGACAUGCAAUUAAUGCAAAUGCAGUGGCUGGGCCCUUUAAUGAGGAGGCCUCAAGUUUUUGGUGAAGCUAAGGAAGGACUCUAUCUACUCCAGCCCAAUGUAAAAGAGUCUAGUUUCAAUCCUACCAAAGAAGUGCCAAUUAUGUCAAGAGAUGUUCCUAGUUCUAGUUUCUUUCCUUUUAAUGUUUCUAGUAUGUCUGAGUCUGUCCCUAGUGGAGUUUCUUCUAUAUGUAGUAGUGUUGUUUCUAAUGUAAAACUUUGGCACAUUAGAUUGGGGCAUUUGCCUUUCUCAUCAAUGAAACAUCUCAGUUCUAUCUAUAUUUAGACUAAUCUUGAUUGUUUUUGUGAUAUAUGUCCUAAAGCAAGACAAUCUAGAUUGCCUUUUAUUAUA